AUGCUCGCACCAUCGUUCCUCUCUCUUUCCUCCCUCCUCCUCAUCCCCACCACACUAGGUGCCGCCAUUCUUCGCCGCGACAAUGGCUGCAAUACAUGGCCUUCCGUUGGCAUUAAAGACAACAAUGCCUCGUUCGAGUUAUGGGCUCAUUACGAAAGUCGAGUCGCCAUUCCACUCGCGAUGACUACCUUCGAUGGCAAUAGUAGCAGUAACGCAACGAAAGCUUAUUUAGCACCUAACGACCUCGGUGGAACCGUAAUCGGAACUCUCUUUACCUUGAACAACUCGGGAUUGAUCGGUGCAGGCUCGAGUUCCAAUGAUUCAGACGGUUCUUCGUCGCCAAAUACGACAUGGAUCUCCAAUACCAUAGACGCAGGUGGUUUCUUCCCCUUCAGUCUAUCCCCCGACGCCAAUGACGCUGGGAUUGCGGAUGAUUAUUGCGAAGUGGCAUGUCCAAACACAGACCCCCACGGUCCUCUCAUCAACGGUCCCUUAUUCGGCGCUCAAGGUUCCACCUCUGGAUGGGCCAUCUGCAACCGCGUUGACAAUCCACUUUUCCAAGGCGUGGUCUUCAACCCUGCGAGCUAUAGCUCAGACUAUGGGUUCAACGUCUCUACUUGCCAGAACGUCACAAUUUAUCUACGGUCUACCGCGUUGGGGAAUUUGAACACUUAG